ACACAAAUUCAAACGGUUCGCAUUCCCAGCGUUGUGAAAAUAUAUAUAUACAUACAAAAAUGUGUUAUAUGUUUGAAGAUCGCGUGGAGCGGAGUGAAAUGAAUAAAGCUGAAAUGUAGAAAAAGUUGAAAAUAAUUUAUACAUAUGAGUCGCUAUGAAAUUCGGGAAGCUGUGUAUGAUUGUUUCCAAAUGUGCCGCAGCCAGUUGCAUAUGAAAAGGCUGUGAGAAUUGUGCUUGUGAGAUUUGUAUWUUGUGACGAGGGAAGCUGUGCUGUUCGUAAUAUCAGUGAUUUUUAAGUGAAAUUUUACGAAAUUUACAGCAACAAAAUGCCACCAAGAAAACAUUUUUUGUUUUGCUAACACAAUGCUUCAACGUUUUUACAAAUAACACGGAACGCGUGCCAAGCAAAACUUGUUUACAAAUCUAGAAACAUGCAGAAAAACAAAAAGAAGCAUCACCAACACCAAGCUCAACAACAAGUGUCACCUGUUCAAUCGAGCAAUAAAAGUUCUCCAACCAAAAUGGAAGGCAAUACUGAGUCUUGCGAUUCAACAUCAAAGCAGCUUCCCUAUAGAAUUGAAAAAUCAACGGUAUUGGGUCGCUACUUGGUGGCGAAUCGCGACUUGAAAGCCGGUGAACAGCUCAUUACAGAGGAGCCUYUAGCCAUUGGACCGUGUGUUUCAGCGGAUGCCGUGUGCUUGGGUUGUUAUAUGCCAGUGAAGUUGCAGUCAGCACAAUAUCGCUGCUCGGCUUGCAAAUGGCCUAUGUGUGGCCCGCAAUGCCGCGGUUUGCAUCAGCCCAAAGGACACACCGCACAAGAGUGUGAGCUGUUGCGUACGCAUAAACUGGGCGAGGCGCUGGAAGCCAUACGCGACAAACCGGAUUUGGUGAAGAACUACUAUGAACUCAUACUGAUUGUGCGCAUCUUCCUAAUCAAGCAAAAUGCACCGGAAAUAUACGCCGACAUACUGCAAAUGGAAUCACACACCGAGUUGCGUAAAUCCAAUACCGAAUUGUGGCAAUACUAUGAACGGAAUGUGGUGCAAAGGCUGAAAGGCGAUUGGGGCAUGGCGGCGCUCACCGCCGAUGAGAUACACAACAUUUGCGGGAUUUUGGAUGUGAACUGUUUUGAAAUCGGUCAAAAUUCGGCAAARGCUCGUUGUUUAUACAAGAGCGCGUUUUUGUUGGCGCACGACUGUUGUCCCAAUACGGCGCACACCGAUGAUCCGCAAAGUUAUGCGAUCAUCUUACGCACAUCGCGAGCGAUACGAAAGGACGAGGGCAUCACAUUGAGCUAUGCUUAYACGCUGCAGGGCACCCUGAAGCGUCGCGAGUUCAUGCAUGCUGGCAAAUUGUUCUGGUGCUGCUGUCAGCGUUGCACCGAUCCGAAGGAGCUCGGCACGGACUGUAGUGCAUUGUUGUGUCCGAAGUGUAAAAGCGGAUCUGUACGUUCUGUAGAGCCACUGAAUCAAUCGGCGGCUUGGUGCUGUGAUCACUGUGACUAUGCGCUGAAAUCGGUGGAGAUUGUUAAAUUAUUAGACACAAUCAAUUUGAAUUUGGAAAGCAUAGAUGCGCACAGUAUACCAGGACUGGAGGGUUUUCUGAAAAAAUAUGAACGUGUGCUCGGACCAAACCACUAUCUACUGCUCUCAGCGAAAUAUUCUCUCUGUCAAAUCUAUGGUCGUAUUGAGGGUUAUCUGCUACAUACAUUGCCGCUUGAAAAUGUCCAGAAGAAGGAAAAUUAUUGUCGCCAUUUCCUGAGUAUUAUUAAUGUGUUGGAACCAGGGCUAACACGUUUGAGAGGUCUAAUUUUAUAUGAACUGCAUGGGGCUAUAAUGAUGCGUUCACAGCGUUUAAUGAUGGCUGGCGGUAUAAGUGAGGCCGAUUUCAAGCGUAACAUUAACGAGGUCAUUAAAUGUUUGCAGGAGAGUCGAGAUAUUCUGCUGUUAGAACCYAUUGGUUCGAGUGAACAUGAAAUGGGCGCAGCAGCGGCRGGUGCGCUAGCAGAAAUGGGCGUCAAGUGAAUCGGGCAGGACUUUCAACAUUUGACUAGUGAAACAUACAUUUUCGUAUGCAUUUUACUGUAAUUUUUGACCUCGAAGUUGAUUUUAUGCGUGAUGUCGUAAUUUGGGUUCUACAACCGAAAAAUUGUUCCAUAAAAACCACAACAACACAUUCGCACACACAUACAUAUYUUUCAUAUAGUUUCAACUAUACAUAUUUCCACACAAAAGCAUCUCAUGACUAGGAGUAACAUAACUUUGCAUGAUCAUGCACAAACAUACAUGUACAUAUAAGCACGCAAAUGAUAUUCUACUCUCUGAAGCACUAUUACCAACAUAUAUCAGCAUACACAUACCACUACCAACAUAUCUGCCAUUAUAUUCUAUACAUUUACAUCCACUUAAGAAUAAAGUCGCUCAUUACAUUGUUUUAGUUUUAAAGUGUUUCAUACUAUGUCGCUCUAAAAAUAGUGGGUAAGUAAGUUCAUCAACACAGAUCACUAGUCUAUUCUCAUUGAUGCAUGAUGUUAUUUUGUGUUUUGUUUAUUUUUGAGGAGUUUACUUGGAAAUUCAAAGAAUUUGAGAUGAAUUCACUUAAGUUCAAUAGAUUUUCAUCAACUUUAUUUCUUCAGUCAUUUCAACCACAAAAUCAAAAAUUAWAAAUCAUAUAAAAAUACCCUCUUUAAUUUACAAAUCAUGUCCUAUUAAACAUAGUUCACAAGAGUUUUGUUCAGAAAUAGUUAAAAAAAAAAUUGGUAUCUAAAGUCACAGAUCAUCGAUCAUAUAUCAACAUAUAUAGAUCCAUUCAUGAAUCAUGCAACAAAUCAUAAAUCACAAUUCAUCAAAGAAAAAUCAUGAAUCACAAAUUUCUAUACAUAUAUUGUAUGUCAUAUAUGAAGAAMCUUCAAUCGUCUUGCACCUCAUGGAUUUCUCUACUCAUUACACAUUCAUCGUCAAUAUUCCACACUUCACUGAUUUCACCUUCAUAUAAAUUAAUGGCUCACGUUGAUUAUUUUUGAAAAUUAUUUUUUUUUGGCAUGCUCCAUUUAGCAUAGACAUGAACAGUAAUAUUCCGCAAAAA